AUGGCGAAUUUAAAGACUACUGCUGGUUUAGUCUCCAGUCGGAAAUCACUAGAGUUAGCACAGUUUACUACUUUUGUUCCCAAGAUUCCUUCAUUAGAUACUAAACCAGCAGAUUGCUAUUUGCUCUCAGUCCCUUUUGCAGCCCUGGGAGGACUUUCCCCAAGUGAAAAGAAAAUACCCAAGGCUCCAUUGCCCUUGAGACGUUACUUCCGCAUACAAGCUGGUUUCACCAAUCGCUGGCAGUUCCCUUACAGCCUAAGCUGUGAUCUCUUAGGAACCGCACAAGCCAAUAAGGCUUUCAGAGUCUGCCUCAACGAGACCCUGAAGAGGAUGAUGACAGCUGACACACCUGUGUCCCUGUCUGAUGAACCAAAGAUUCAGACAUCGGAUCUGGAACUUGAAACAAAAGACCAUUGCCCACGUUUAUCACCACAAUCUCAGAACGGCGAUGAGCUGGAGAGGGUACACUCCAAUCAAGCCUGCACAAAAGAAGUCAUCUUUUCCCACACGCAGAAGAUGACAGAAGAUAUGGAACCGGAUGUGGCCUUGGAGUGCCUGGGCUUCUUAUGGGAGCUUCAUCGUAUCUAUUUAUUUAAAUCCAAGACGCUGUCACAGCUUUUAAUUUCUGCAGUAGAGCCAGUGAACAUAAAUGAUUUGGAAAGCCAGCACAAAAGCAAAAAAGAAGGCAAACACAAUAAACAGUCCAACCCGGCUGCUCAGAAAACUAAGGCACUUGGCAAAGAGAAGUCAAAAAUGAAAAAGAUCAUCAUUUCAUUGGAUAUUCAGGACCCAGAAGUCACUAGAAUUGCCUUUGCUAUAGCACUCAAGAAUUUAUACAGUACUGAACCAGAGGUGGAAGAGGGUGAUGUUGUGGGAGUCCUGGCAGCUGCAUCUGUGCUGCAGUUCCCUAGCCUCUUCCAGAAGUGUGUGUCCAUUAUGAAGAGUGGAAUUUGCUCAGCCAAUAUCUGUAGCUAUUAUUGUGCUGCUUGCAAGUACAAACAGGAAACACUGGUAACAGACUGCGAAAGGUGGCUAGAGGUGAACCUUGUUCCUCAGCUUAGCUCUCAGAUCCAUCUACGGAAACUUCCACAAGAACUGCUGCAGAAAGUACUCAGAUCUCCCAGGUUGUUUACAUACAAUGAAUUCCACCUCCUGAAAACAACUCUUUGUUGGACCUACCUACAGCUAAACCCAAGGGUUCAGAUAAUACCAUCUCAUGAAAAAAUCCUAAAGUACUUUAGCAGUUUACCCAAGAGGUGUUCCUUUCUGGAAAGGGAAGCAGGACAGAGAUAUAUAACUGUUUUUCAAUCCCUUCGUUUACAUGGAAUAACUUCAAGUAAGCAUCUGGAGGAUUUGCGGCAGAUUAACUUCCUCCCGCUGCCAUGGCUGACACAGAUUCUGUCCCACCAUUACCAUGCACUGGAGAAUGGUGGUGACAUGACAUUGCAGAGAGAUUUUUCUAUGCAAGCUGUGAGAUUUGGUCUGCUGCUUAAACAGGAGCCACGAUAUCAUGAAGAAAUAAUUUCCAUGUAUGGAUUCUUCUUUGAGAUAAAAGCAAUCAGACAUGAAGUUUCAGCAUACAGCUUUUACAUUCAAAGAGUCAAACACACAGACCAAGCUUUAUCUUUUUUUACUGCUGAACAUAGCCCUGUCAGCCUUAGACAGGAGCGAGAAGUUAAAUAUGAAAUAAAAGCACAGUGCCUGAUGGAGGGGAAAUGGAGGGAAUUCAGUACUGAUCAACUUACCCAAAAGUUUGGCAUUACCAAACCAUCCUGCAAAAGCCAAAAAACAAAAGUGCCUGUUCACUCUUCCUUCAAAACCCAGAUUCCAGGUCUUGAAAGCACGGAUACCAUCAAUUCCAAUUUAUGUGACAUAUGCUCUUCUUUUUCCAUCAUCUUGACUUGCGAAAAGAAAUAA